AUGACGGAAAGGAUGGAUCGCCGCCGCGGGAGCGCGCUGCGGAAGCGGCCGCCGGCGAUAGACGCGACGCGCGCCGAGUCGGAGACGGGCGAGGGCCGCGAGGAGCCGGUGAGCCCGACGGGGCGGCUGUUCCGGGAGCCGCACUUCAGCUGCUACAUCGUGUCCGUGUUCGGCCUCGGCGCGCGGGUCGACCUGGCCGCCGUCCGGGCCGGGCUCGAGGCCACCCUUGCGCGCCACCCCCGCUUCUGCAGCAUCCAGGUGAUGGACGAGCUGGAGGAGGACGCGAGGCCCAAGUGGGUCCGGACCACGGUGGACCUCGACGACCACGUCGUCGUCCCGGACCUGGAGCCCACCGGCACGUCGGCAGACCCAGACAGGGCCCUGGAGAGCUACGUGUCGUCUCUGUCCACGCGCCCCAUGGACCACUCCCGCCCGCUCUGGGAGCUGCACGUCCUCGACUUCCCCACCUCCGACGCCGACGCCGCCGUCGUGCUCCGCGUGCACCACUCCGUCGGCGACGGCGUCUCGCUCCUGUCCCUCUUCAUCGCCUGCACCCGCCGCGCCGCGGACCCGGACGCGCUGCCGGAGCUGCCGGCCACCGCCGCCCCCCGUCGCUCUGGCCCCGUGUACGCCCUGCCUUCGGGCCCGCUGCUCGCGCCGUCGUCAUGGGGCGCCCUGGCGGCCCUCGCCGCGUGGGUCGUGUCGCUGCUCCUGCUCGCGUGGCACACGCUGGUGGACAUUCUGUGCUUCUCCGCGACGGCGACGUCGAUGCUGCGCGACCCGCCCACGCUGUUCAAGGGCGCGGAGGGCGUGGAGUUCCGGCCCAAGCGCUUCGUGAACCGCACGCUCAGCCUCGACGACGUCAAGUACGUCAAGAACACCAUGAACUGCACGGUGAACGAUGUGCUGCUUGGGGUGACCUCUGCGGCAUUGUCUCGGUUUUAUUUUCGGAAAACAGGAGAAAGUGGUAGAAAGAGCAUCAAGGUGCGGUCCACUCUUCUUGUGAACCUGAGGAAGACGCCCGGUCUACAUGCACUGGCUACGAUGAUGCAGUCCGGCAAGGACAACGGCGCCGAGUGGGGGAAUCGGCUUGGCUACAUGAUACUCCCGUUCCACAUAGCCAUGCACGACGACGACCCUCUCGAGUACGUCCGGAAGGCCACCAAGGUCGCGCGCAGGAAGAAGAGCUCCAUGGAAUCGAUCUUCACCUACUGGAGUGCGUCCAUGAUCAUGAAAAUCUUUGGAAUCAAGGCAGCAGCUUCUCUGUGCUACGGCAUGAUGAGGAACACCACCCUGUCCUUCUCCAACAUGGCCGGUCCAACCGAGCAGGUGGUGUUCUACGGCCACCCGAUUGUCUACAUUGCCCCCAGCGUCUAUGGCCACCCACAUGCACUGACCAUGCAUUAUCAGAGUUACAUGAACAUUAUCAAGCUAGUACUAGCAGUAGAGGAGGAACAGUUUCCGGAUGCUCAUGAGCUUCUGGAUGACUUUGCCGUGUCUCUCAAGCUCAUUCGGGAGGCAGCUUCAGCAAAAAACACAAGACACACAUAA